AUAACUUCUAAAAUUGAGAUUUUUCAUGAAUUUGGAAAUUUUGAUGAAAGAUCAAAAACUAGAACAAUUUGAUUAUCAUUUUUCUUUAUUUUAUUUUUGUGACACCAAUGUGGAUAUAGUAUCUAUCGAAAUUACCGUUUUAAGUGUGCGAAUCCCGGUGCGUAAAAAUUAAACGUUUUUAGUGUUAAAACAUACGGCCAUUAAUGGGGAAGCAUUUUCCCAGUUUCCCCCGUCCUCCACCACAAGCGAAACCGUAUAAAUAGCGACUACAGGUACGGCCUUCACCAAACAAACGUGCCUCAUAUCCAACCAAAGUCAACAAUCGAGGCGCGUAGAGAAAUGGCUCCAGUCUCACUCCCCUACGCUCACUGCGAGAGUAAGUUACGAGCUCUCGCCGGCCAGGCUGAGGGAUUCGGCCGCCUUGCUACCGGCGGUCUUCAUGGAGCACUCUACUGUGUUACUACUCUGGCAGAUGAUGGUCCUGGAUCACUUCGUGAAGCAUGUAGCAAGAAAGAACCUCUGUGGAUUGUUUUUGAAAUUUCGGGUGAAAUCAAGCUCAAAUCUUUUCUACCCGUGUCUUCAUAUAAAACAAUCGAUGGUCGAGGACAAUGGAUUAGGAUCACUGGCAUGGGCCUUAGGCUGGCCCAAUGUGAACAUGUGAUUAUAUGCAACUUAGAGUUUCAAGAAGGCAGAGGACAUGAUGUCGACGCCAUUCAAAUCAAACCAAACUCAAAGCAUAUAUGGAUUGAUCGCUGUAGUCUUAAGGAUUAUUCAGAUGGACUUAUUGAUGUUACUCGAGGAAGCACAGACGUUACUAUUUCACGUUGUAAAUUUGGGUACCAUGACAAGACGAUUCUUAUUGGAGCAAACGCUGCUCAUUGUGAUGACAGAAAUAUCCGUGUUACUAUUCACCACUGUCUCUUUGAUGGAAGUCGUCAGAGGCUUCCACGUGUUAGGUUUGCCAAAGUACAUCUGUAUAACAAUUACACCAGAUAUUGGGCGAUCUAUGCUGUGGGUGCCAGUGUUGAUUCAGAGAUAUACUCACAGUGUAAUAUUUAUGAAGCCGGUCGCGAUUGCAAUGUGGCUUUUAAAUAUAUCCCUGAAAAGGCUGGUGACAAAAAUGCGCCAACUGCUGGCGUCAUUGUAUCUGAGGGAGACCUAUUUUUAGGGGGAACUCAGAUGGCAACGUGUUCCACGUCCCGGGGAUUGGUAGUUUUCCAAUCUCGAAAACCAGGAGCAUGGAUGGUAGCAUGGAUGGUGAUACAUGUUGACGUUGGUACUUGCCUCCUUGUUGCCAUGCAUUAGACAAAACAUAUAUUGUAUGUCACGAAACUUAGAAUAAAACAUACUACAAACCUUUCCAGAUUCAAUAUUAUACAUGAUAUAGUAUCCCAUAAGUGUUAAGUAUGUAUAAUGUGUAAGUUAUCUUGUAUGUCUGUAAUUUAAUAAUGUCAUGCUGAAUGGGAAUAAAGCUUCUUUUGAAGCUCUUUGAGCUAGAGUUUUGGUUGUUAAAUUGCAUACAUUUGUAUGUUAGUUUGUGUAUAUGAACCCAUCUUGUAAGAAAACAUAAAACUAGAGUUCAAAC